GGAACCUUUUCCGCUCUUUUUGGAGACGAUUAUACUGGAGAUUUAGCGAACGUGGAUACUGGAAGUGCAGAUGCCGGACUGGGUAGUUUGAAAGAAGAAUGGAUGCGACUUAGAGUGAAACAACUAUUGCGAGAGCAGAAGGCGAAGGGUGAUUACCAAGUUGGAAGACGUCGAGGGAGGAGAUCCUCAUCUAACAAGAAUAGGGAUAGACGAGGCAACAGGAGGACGCCUUCUAGAUCCAGGUCUCCAAAAGAACAUCAACGUUUUCCUCGCUCGGGAUCUAAAGAGAAGAAGC